UGAAUUAAUAACUAAAAGCUGAAGUGUGAGUCUAUCACUGUCGAAGUUGUAUCUCACCGCGGGACAAAUGGAUCAACCAGAGGAGGAGCUGGAGCAGAUUGCCACAUGGUUUAGUGAGGAGGGACUUGCUCCCGACUCCCCUAAGGAGGCUCAGCUGUGUUUGCUGUGGCGUGCCCUUCAGCGCACAAGAAGCUGUCUGAGCAGUGUGACAAGGGACCAGGACGCGCAGCGCUCACAGCACUUAGCAGAGAUGGCAGAGGUACGCAAGUCCUUGGAGCAGAUCCGCAUCUUUACAGAGCACAAAGAUGUUCUGGCCCAGGAGAUACAAGACGAGAACGAAGUGCUCAAGGACCAGCUGCGGCAGCUCAUAUCCCAUCAAGACGCCCAGAUAAGCGAGGUGGCUAAAAUGCUGCACCAGCAGGGCCUCGAAGAGCUGAUUCACAGCAGCCCCAGUGAGCAGGUGGCAUACCUCUUGGUGGAGAGGGCCUCCCUACUUGAGACGAGUGAGGAUCCCAACAACCUGACGGGCGCUGGAAACACAAGCAGCCUGCAGGGGACAGAGACGCAAAUGCCAAAUAGCAAUGCACGACAGUCUCCCCACAAGGGGGUACCACGUCAUGGCCAGAGUCCAUGGAGGAGACUCUUUGGACUCCACACAGCUUUAAAGAGCAAACAUACUUUUAUUGCUGCUGAGGCCAGGCAUUUGACUGGCCAGUCAAGCAGUGUGGAGAGGAAGUGUUCCAGUCUGGAGCGGGAUCUGGAGGAGGGCUCCCGUCGGCUAGCCAUGGCCCACAACGAGAUCCGACGUUUGACUGAUGAGCUGGAGUCUGCUUACUUGACCAAAAAAGCUUAUGAGCCUGAGCUGCUGGCAGCACAGCAGGAAUUAGAAAAACUAAAGAAGUAUGAAAUGGUGGAAGUACGAAAGGCCAAAGAGCUGAACGAUCGUCUGGACCUUGAGAUCAGAGCCUUAAGGAGCAGGGUACGCUCCCUGGAUGCUGAGAGAAACUCUCUGCAGCAGACAGUUGUAUCUCUGCGGAAGGAAGUGAAGCAGGUGGGGUCAGCUCUUCGGCAGCAGCAGCAGCAGCAGCAGGCUGGGCAGCAGCUCCUCACUGUGCAGGUUCAGGUCAACCAGGCCACGGAGCUGGCUAAAAUAAAUUCCCUUAAGCAGCAUGGGGAUAAUUCCCAUAAAGAUCUGGAUAACCUUAUAGCUACCAUCUGCACCAAUGAAAGCAAUCUUCAGGAUCAAAAGUCAUGGAAGCAUAAAGAGGCAGAUUUACAACAUUAUGAAAACACUCACUGGCAACUGGAAGACUCCUUUACAACAGAGGCUACAGAGCUACAGACACAGCUGUACAAGAAAAACACAUUGCAUGAGGAGUGUCCUGAUUAUCAAGAAGCAGUCAGGAAUCUGUCGACCACCCAAGAUGAGUGCGAGACACUGAAGCGGGAGAUCUGUGAAACGCUCAAAUGCCUUGACAACGAGCGCAGUAAAUACCACGAGAUGAAGGAAAAACAAAAGGCCAAACUGUAUCGGGCCAAACAGAAAUUUGUUGAUGAAACCACGGUGCGCGAAGAGAAGAUAAAAAGUCUGGCACAAGAAUUGUCCUUGUGUUCCCAUUCAUUAGCAAAGGAGAAAGAGCUUGUCAGAAGUAUAACUGCAGAAAAUGAGAAACUGCUUGUUGAGAGGACAAGGUUGUUACAACAGCUAAAUGAGGAGGAGCACGACAAGAAAGACAGUAAUCUCACAGCUGCGUUGUCCAAAUGCAGGGUGGAUUUUCUAGAGAUGGAAAACAAGAAACUGGGAAACAAAAUCGUCCACACGUCCAAUCAGCUUGCUGUCCUGGAACGAACCCUACAGAACAUGCAGUCACUUCACUUUGCUGAGGAACUGAAGAAAAUAUAUAAUCCUCAGCAGAUUUUUACAUCUCCUGCUGUGCAGACUUCAUGUGCGAUGAUGCCAAAGCCUUCUGAAAUUCAGACCUUAUCGGACGAUACUCAGAGCAGUGACACCAAGCAGACAGAUGUGACUUCUUCCCAACACUGUUUGAUCACUGCCGGCCUGUCUCAAUCAGGAGAGAUGGGUUACCCGAACCCGACCUCUGCUCAGAGCCGCUCAGACCCCUCGGCUCCCCCGGCUGCCCUCAGCAGCUCAGAAAGUUUGACUUCCUGAAAUUGUCUAUCUGCAAUAUGAAUAUACUGUAUAGAAAC